UUCGCGGGAAGUUUUCUAUUGUUAUCAUAAUGUUAAAGUAUAGUUGAUUUAUGAUUGUAUUCGUUGUUACUACUGUGUUAAAUAACAUAAUUAAACCAAAAAUGUUACAAAUACCAGAUCAUGUUCGCCAAGUUUUAGUUACAUUAGUUCCAGCGGCUGUAAUUAACGAGAUAUCUUGCUUUAAAUUUUACGAUAACCACCCUCGCGAUGUGAAAAAACUCGAUGUUAUUCUUUGUACAUUACGAGGUGAAUUGAAAGAAUAUUACAAUCGGGAGCUUGUAUGUUCUACAAUUAUCGAAGAUUGUGGAAGCCCCUCAAAUAUAAUCUUAUACAGGAACUCGAAAGGUGACCUUUUUUACAUAGUAGCAACAAGUAAUAAAUUAUUCAUAUUUACUAGAAAAAAUACUAUUCAGCUAAUAGAACAGGUGAACAAUGUAGACACAUACGAAUUGGACGAUUCGUCAUGCAAUGGGCAAGCAUGUCUAAAAAUUGUAUACACUUACGACGCAGUGCCUUUAUACUUUGAUGAAAACUUUUUAACUCUAGAUUAUGGCUUGAGGUAUUCUCACACAACCGAUGAGUCGUUGCCCAUAUUAACUGAGCUUAUGACAAAGUUGACAGAAGCAAAAUAUAGUCUAAUCUGUAAUGAAAAAGCUUACAAUGAAUUGUCAAAUUUGAGACAGAUUGCAGCCUAUUAUGUGUAUCAGAAAAACAUGCCCGAUUUUCAAGAUUCCCUUUUUGUAGAUGAGAAGAAUGUUAUUCAGGACCAAAAGUCAAUAAAUAUCAAAACUCUAAAACCAUGGGUCAAAAUGUGCAAUAAGAAGAUUGUUAUAGUUGUUGAAGUUUUAAAUACCAAUGAAGUAAAUGAACUACAAUACAAUAUCACUAGUUGCAUAAAACUUACAGGUAUAAUAUCAUACAAACUUGAAGAGAAUGAACAUAUAUUACCUAUGGAUAACAUAUACAUAUCAGCAUUAGAUACUAUGGGAGAAGAAUUUGAUGUUUUAUCUGGUAUUACAAAUGACAAUUCACAGAUUCAGAAAAAAUUACUUGCUGUACUUGCUACAACAACAAAGACUGUUUUAUGUAUAAGACGUGUACAAGAAAUUGCAGAGGGUAAUGUAAGUAUAAUGGAUGCCUUCUGUCGAUUUCUGUUAAUGAGAAGGAUUCCAGAGACAAAUAACAUUGUUGUACAUACCGGGUCCCCAUGUCAUAUGUUGUAUGGAGUGAUGAUCGUUUUACAAGCUAGUGGAGAAGGUAUUAUUACAGCAAUGAGAGGUACAGAAACUUGGAUUUGUUCUGUUCAUGCCAGGUCCCCGCCUCAAGUAUUGGCCUUAAUCCACUGCAUCCACGACGCAAUACCUCACCGCAUAGUCGUAACAACCACGAACUUCCGUCUCUCUGCUCGCUCACAACUUUACUCUCAUCACAAUGAGGAUGUCCCACGUAUCACCACUCCAAAUUAUUUCGAAUACGGAACAUCAAUUCUUACACAGACUACAGACAUGUUAAAAUACUUUGACAACUGUAUGCUGAAGAUGAAUGAAAGUAAAAACCCUGUUGUUCAAUGUAAAAUUGGUAGAGAGAUUGAUAUUUUUGUCGGAGGUAUGAAGGAGUUUUUGGACUUUAGAAAAGACAUACUGGACUGUGGACUGAAAGGCGUUAAUUCUAUAGUGGAGCUACCGGAGGGUAAUGAAGUUGUAGUUGUUAAUGUUGAUUGAUAUAUUUUACUUUUAUUAGUAUUAGUAAGUUAUGAAAUCAGACUUUUGAUUGAAAAUGAAACUAUUCCUUUUUAUAUAUAGUAUUUAAAUUGCGUAUCAAACAACGUUUCGAGUUCUUUACAGGUCUAUAACGUCUGGCACUUUAUGCUAGAAGACGUC